AGUUGUUAAGAAAAGAGCAUAAAGUAUGUUUAAAUUGAACUCAAGAUUCGUAGACUUGAAAAUGAAAUAGUCUGUAUAUCAUUGAAAAUAUUAUGCACUAAUAUCCAUACGAAACCUUGUAGACUAACUUAGACCUUGUAACUAACACCAAUUGGAUCUACUGAAUUUACUUGUCCACAGACUUAUACUUGACAAAAUCCUUCUGAAAAACAAUUUCAUUGUUGAAUAAUCAAAUUUCCCCUUCAAUGAAAAUGUGUACUAAUUGGUUGUAACUAACAUUAGAGAAAUGAUAAGAUAAAAUAAAACAAAAGGAUUAAAUGUAUCUACAAGAAAUUGACUGAUCCCGCCCCCUCAAAAAAAUGCAAAGAAGUAACAGAAGACAAAAUAAUAAUUUGUUGACAAUUCGUCGGCCAAGUGUGGCACUCGCAGACUAUGAUAUUUCAGAUAGACGGUCAUCUGCAAUGUCUUCUCUUCUGUUACUGUUUGCUCUAUUCGAGGGGAUGUGUGGCUUUGUUUUACCAAUAUGCUCUGCUUUCCGAGUGUCAAAUACAUCACAGAAACGAUACUACUAUGAACAUUUUUUAAUAUUCCAAUAUUGUUUAUCAAUCGUGGCACUAGCGUAUCUACAAUCCUUGAUAUUUUAUUAUGAUCGUAAAGAGAAUUUACGUCGAAAACAAGAAUUAAUAUUUACAAAUCAAGUGAAUGAAGCUAGACGAUUAUGGUCAGAUCAAAGUAUAUCAGAUACAGAGAAUAAUGAUGGUGAUAGAGAGGAACAACAAUGGGAUUUACAAAUACAAAGAAAUGAUGAUAAGCUACGUUUAGUCACAUUCACUGAUACACAUGAAACAACCAUUAUCGAUAAGUCUAAUGAAUUAAACACAAAUCAAAAUGAUUUACUAAAUAUGAAGCAUUUGGAAGAUCAGACAAAUUUUAUUGACGAAGAAGGUGGUAGUAUCAGUUCAAAUGAAGACAUGACGAAUCUUGUUAAACUGAAUCAAAAACGUUCCAGUAAUACACUAAAAUUAAAUAAGUCACAUCAAAGUGAACAUAAGUCACCAAUAUUAAGUGUUUCUUUUGCUAAUCCUGUCAUCAAUACAAAUAAUAUAACUGAUAAAACCACUUUAAAUGAUAAUAAUUAUAAUGAAGAUGAUUGUGAAGAGACAAAACAACAAGAAACCAUUGACAAUAUGAAUAAAAAUAAUCAUGAUGAAAUAAAACAACCAAUAGUUUAUGAACAAACUGAAAUGAAUACAGAAUCUGAAAAGAUGAAAUUUUUUAACCAGAAUAUCAUUGGCCACAAUAACAAUGAAGAUGAUUGUACUAAUAUGAAUAAUACUAGUAAUACUGGGAACAAUAAUUCUAAUGAGAAAAACGUUUAUCAAUCACCACAUACUUUAGUAGUUGAAUAUAAAUCAUCAAACAGUUAUGCUUAUAAUACUACUAAUAUAAAAAAUAAUGAUAAUAAUAGGAAUCAUAUCAGUAAUAAAUCAAAUUAUUUAGCAAAAAAGAUGAAACAUGAAAAAAUUUGUAAAUCAUCAAAGCAGAAAAUAACAAAAUGUUGUCAUCGAAGUACAGAGAGAAUGGGUAAAGGUUCAUUUUAUCCAUUGGCUAUUCUUUUUGGGGACAAACCAAGAACUUUUCGACGUGAAUGUUAUUUCUCAAGAGAUACAGAAGGUGUAAAUUUAUAUCUGCGUUUAGGAGCGGUUGGCUUUGGUUUCGGAGUGAUGAUAUUCGACGGUUUCAAAAUAGCUGAACCAUGGGAAGAGGUAAAUAUCAAUACAGUUCCUUGUCAUGGACAUUUAUGGAUUCCACUACAUAUACUACACUUCAUCUACGUGUUCUGGCAGACAUACUUUCUGUUCAAACAUCAUCGGGUUGUAUUCAAUGUACAAAAAUUUGUUCUGCGUUUCCUUCUGUGUCAUUUGGCUGUAGCUAAUCUAUGUCAGUGGUUGAAAACUAUUCUUGAUGAAAUAGGAAGUGAACGAAAUCAUGAUGAUUCAUCAAAAAAGUUAGAGUAUGAUUUAAUAUUUCCAGAUGAAAACUUUUUCAAUACAAAAUCACAUUCUGACAAGACAGUAUAUAAAUAUGAGAACACUGGAAAUUUAUCAAUAUUCAAUUUAACUGAUAUAGUCAAUAGUGUCUUGUCGAACUCGAAGGAAUCAUUGACUAACACAACUUUAUUGCAUUUAGAUCAUGUUAAUGCGACUACGCAUCCGGAAAACGAAGUACUAGGUUGUGGAUCAACAGUUAAAUAUAUGGCACCAUAUUUAUUUCCAUGCGCUAUUGAAUACAGUUUAAUUGCUGGUGCUAUAUUUUAUAAAAUGUUUGAAAAAGUUGGUCAUGUACGCAAAGAAUCUGAACGUUUGGAGAAAUUACGUAAAGCUAAUCCAAAAAUUAAACAAUUCUCUGAAUGUCAUCGUUCUCAUAAAGGUUUAUUUGUUGGCUUAUUACUAUUUAUGGCAACAUUAGUAGCUAUGAGUUUAUUCUUUAUAUUUAUUGUGAAACGAGACAAACGGAAUACAGCAAUUACAUUAUAUCAAGGCACUGAAUUAGUUUUAUUAUCUGUUAGUACAAUAACUUGUAUAAUUAGUCUAUUUCGUUUAAGAGCAUUGAAACUAAGCGAUCUAUCUGAAGAGGUGGCAUUUGAUGAUAAUCUAUUAUUAAUAGGUCUAGUUGGAAUGUUAUUCUAUGACUUAUUUCUGUUAGUACCUGCUUUAGAAGCCAUACCAAAUGGAGUGAUUGCAGCUAAAUUGUACGCAGCUAAAUCUAUACUUGAAAUGAUACAGUCUAUGCUACAGGUGAGUAGAUAUGACGGUUAUUAUUAUUGUAAAUAUAUGAUACUGAUUACUACUAUUAUUAUGAUUUGUUAUAUUAUUAUUAGUUGUCCCUUGGGUUCCUAGUGGAACAAUCCAGUCCAAUCCAGUCGACCACAAUCAGAAACAUCAUUCGUGAUAGUAGAUAACCUUGUCUUACUUCAGGGUAUCAGUGGGCUGAGCUUUCCAUCGCCAAUACCUUGACAUGCACCAUCAUCAUCAUAUAGCCACUGUUGAGUGAGGUUGAUAAAGAUUUGUGGCACUCACUCUGUAGUGUUGAAGUAGUUUCCAAAUUACUUCUCGGUCGGUGCCUUUUCAAAGUGGAUGAAGUUGAAGUAGAAAGCUGACUGCCAUUCUAUGCUCUGUUCUAUGAUCAUGAAUACUGUAGCAUCGCAGUUUGAUCCACACAUGAUUUGUUCUUCCUCAAGCCACCCACCCAGCCUGUUCCAGUCAGAAUUGUGAGUUCAGACCAUCCUUUAAUCUCUCCAGGAGGAUGCGGCCUAAUAUUCUGCUUGGUGUUGACAGCGGCAUGAUUCCAUCAGUUCUUGCAAAGACUAAGGUCUCCCUUCAUUGGAAGUUUGACAAGGUGGCCCUUCUUCCAAUCAAUGGGUUGGUACCUUUACUUACUUCCUUACAAACUUUAUGUAGCAGUGGUGUAAGCAUAUCCUCUGUUGUCUCUAUAUCUGUUUUCAGUGCUUCUGGAGGAAUUGCAUCUGGUCAUGCUGCUUUUACGCCUUUCAGCAGCUUUUGGCAUGGCGUGGUGUGGCGUUCAGGACUUCGGGUUUUGUGGGAGGGUUUGUGUUCACUGGUAAUUCUGUGACUAGGCUGCCGGUGGUGUUUCUGAAUGAGUUCUGAGUGGUGGCGUUGGUGGUGCUCGAUUCCACUGUCGAUAACGUCAAUCAAUAAAUAAGGUCAUCGGGAUAAUAUGAGCCAAUCAGAAAUAAGCGAAUCAAGUGGAUGAUUUAUUAUUCAAGUAGAUAUAUAUGACUUAUUUAACUGUUUACUAUCAAGUUACACACUAACCAUUUUGUUUUAUUCUACUCUGAAAUUUAAUGAAACUUAGGUCUUUUUCAUUUUGGAAGCAUCAAGACGAUGUGCUGGAACAUUGGAACAUGUACAAAAUAAGCCAGGUCGUACAAUGAUAACAUUUUUACUUGUUUUAAAUUUAGCUAUGUGGUUUGUUAACACUUUUGAAGUGAAACAUGCUGAUAAUCAUAGUAUUCAUAUUGAUUAUUAUUCAUCUAUGGCAUGGAAAAUUAUUACACAUAUUGCACUACCAUUAAUUGUAUUCUUUCGUUUUCAUUCAACUGUAUGCCUAUCUGAUAUAUGGGCUAAUGCUUAUCGUUUUAGAACAGAGUAAAUUCAAGACAAUAAAUCUUGUUUUUAAGUUUAACUUGUAUCGUUUAAAAGGUAUGUUUUUCUUUUCUUUUCAUUUUUUUUGAAAGAUAAAAAUGAAUCAGUACGCAUAACACGAUAUAUAACAUGUUGAUAUAUGUAUGGAAUAAAUUUGUAGACGAAAUAUACAUGAUGACAAUCUGU